AAUAUAUCCCCAGUCUCUUCUUAGGACCAGAAGUGUUAAGAUUCCUAAAUAGAGAGGAGAUAAGAAACAAUUUGUAAAAGUCAUGUCAGUUUCACUGGAAGCUUUGGCAAUGGCGGGGGCAGAUCAUCUUGAAUGGGGGAUUGAUAUUAAGAAGUGGGAGAACAGGGAUGAUGAGCUGCCACCACUGCAUUUACUGGCUGAUGACGAAGAAGGAUUCCAGAGGUAUAUCAAUCGUGGAAUUCCCCUCUCAGUUUCCAAGCGGAAUAACUUCGAUUUUGGAGAGGAUAUACUGUUUAAGUAUUGGAGAAUAUUGUUGGAGAGGUUGGGACAAUGCUUAAGGUUAAUAUGUUGAGAGCAAGGUUGAAGAAGUGGAUGCAGAAGGCAAGAAAAAGCUGUUUUCUGUGUAUCAUGCAAUUUUGAAACAUCUUCUGUCAUACUUUCUGCAUUUUAUUUGCUUUAUUGAUUGGUUAUUUGUGUUUUCGUCGUCAUUGUGGGGUGAGCAUUUUCAUGGGGCUUGAUUUAUAUAUAGGUAGAUUAAUGAAGUUUACCUUUAAUU